AUGGAUCCAGAGGGUACCCCCUUUACGCUUGACUCAGGCGAAGCUUGCGUUAAGAUACCAAAAUCAGUCAUUGAGCGUAACCGCAAGGCUUGGGACAGUUUCAUUAUUGGGCAGUUCUACGAGGAGGCACUUGCGAGAGGUGCAGUUCAUGCCAUCGUCAACGGUAUGUGGAGUAAACAGCGCCGUGAUAUCUCAGUGUCCAAAAUGGAUGGAAAUGCCUUUCUCUUUCGAGUUCCUUGCCCACAUGCUAGGCGCAGGAUACUCAAACAGUGCUUAUGGCAAGUCGACGGCCAAACAAUGUUUGUUGCAAAGUGGGCUCCGGGUGUCACUCCGGAGAAACCAGCUUUAUCUACUGUUCUGGUCUGGCUUGACUUCCAUGGAGUCCCUCUGCAAUUCUUCAACAGGGAUGCUCUAAAGGAGAUAGCAGGCCUUGUGGGUCAUCCCCUGUACCUUCACCCGUCUACAGAGAACCUCACUAACAUUGAAGUGGCUAAGGUGUAUACUGUGAUUGAUCCGCAGACGCCGCUACCAGAGGCAGUAAAUGCUCAAUUCGAGUGCGGAGAAGUGGUGAGAAUAGGGGUCUCGUGCCCUUGGCUCCCGUCACUGUGCUCUCACUGCUCCAAAGUUGGGCACACCAUCUCUAAAUGUCCAGCUGCUCCUCCUCGUUGCUUGAUUUGCAGAUCUGUAAAGCACUCCACAGAUGCUUGUACCAGAACAAAUUCAAACAAGGAUAAUGGUAAAGCUCCAAUUCCCAGCCAAUACCCCAUCGUUGGAUCUUCUGGAACGGGUAUACAGAAUCAGAAGAGAUCUGUUCCAAUCCUCUCAAAGGGAAAGCCUCCUGCCUCGAAACGCUGGGAGCGAUCAGACAAGAUGAACCUAAUCGAUCCCCCCCUUAUAGCUCCUCCUUCAGUCGGGUCAUCACGUCAAAUAGCCAACUUUGAGCAACAUGAUGUCUCAAUAGGCAGGCUCUUUGUUGAUCUUCAACCUGAGAAUUAUGAGUCACCUAUUGCCUCUUCUAAAGGUACCUCUGAAGAUGAGGAUCCUGAUCCUGACUCAGAAGGGUUAUCUAACGAUGAAGACAAUCCAGAUGAUGAAGAUGAUCAGUUCAUUCGUGUUAUAUCGUAA